AUCCUGAUCAUAAGACUUUAAUCCAAAUUAUAAGCAGACACAUGUUGCAGUCACCAUCCCUUACCAGCCAUUAAAUUCAAUUUCCCUAAUUUCCUCUGUAGACUCUGAGGGAAAAUGCUCUCACUCUGCUGCAGUUAAAUAGAGCUUCAGAUUGCAUGUAACAGGCUGCAGUGCACGACUCACUUUUUCCGACGACUUCAUUCAGGCAGCACCAGCGUGUUGGAGGACUCCGUUUUCUUCGUCGCUGGGGUUUCUUUGAAAGGUUAGAGAUGCUUCAGGGGGCAGACAGCAGGACUGUGCUCUGUCUGUCCUGCUACCUCCUCUUAGGGUUGUGCUUCCCAGCAGAGGGAGCAGGACCAACAGGUCCCACGCCUACUCUUCCUCCUGAAGAAGAGUCUGGAGAACCCGACUUUGAGGACUGGGAGUUGGGCUCUGGAUCAUCUCUUCUGCACCUGCUCCACAGUUUUCCUGCUGACAGCCCCUUCAUAAAGGAGACCCAGGGAAAACCAGUUAACUGCACCCAGCGCUUCCGGCUUCCGACAUCCUCUCCGGUCUGCUGGGAAAACAUGGCCGAUCCGGAGGAGUUUGCCAAGUGUCGUCUGCUUGUUCUGCAGAACAGGGCCGCGCUGCAAGCCGUGUCCUCCUCCAGUGGGGUGGAGGAAGGCGGGACCUCCUAUGAUCACCAAGCCAGAGAGGAAGUCCAGGGAGUCCGCUCAGAUCACCAGAGUAUGGAAGAAACUGUGCAGAUCAUGGAGGACGUGUUUGUCUCGCUGGAAGAGAAGAGGAAAGACGGCAAGGAGCAGGGAAUGCUAACAAGCAUGAAGGAGUAUCUUUCCAACACAAGAAACACCAUCAAUUUCAGAGAGCAUAUGGCAAACCACCUGGAGAAGCAGUUUUCCACUUUAGAGAAGAAUCUGCUAAAUAUGCAGCUCCGACUCAAUAAACUCAUCCAACAGUGACAACUU